GGCCUCUGAAGAGAAAUCUAAAACAAAAGAAACUCCUUGCCCCCCGUGUUUCCUCCUCAAGUACAUCACAAAAGCCUUUAGGGGAGAAGUUGCCGGGGGUGCCCAAGAAAGCAAAUAAAAUUAAGUAUAUUUCAAGAUUUCAUAAACCACUAAGCAGUAAGUUUAAGACCACGGCUACGUCAUCAGUCAUCGGAGAAAGCAGCGCCCUGAGGCUACCAGUGAAAAAAAAGAAGGUGAACGCAGAGCCGAAGAAAAGAAUCGCCAAGUCUGCACCACCACCAUCAUCUUCCUUAAGCUCCCUGUCGUCGAACGCCAGUGAGACUUCGGUACAAAAGAUCCAACCAUUUACAAAGAAACAUAGAGGAAAGUCUAGUUCACAUAAGAUAUUUCACAAAUCUUGCAGCAAGGCCAAAGCACGCUGUUUGAAGUGCAAAUUCAGGCG